AUGCCGGACGGGGAAGACCCACCGCCGGAAGAACUUGUCAAACUGGUGAACUACUGCGAGACAAUCAAGAGCGAGCUUAUUGUGGCUGCAGACUGCAAUGCACAUCACCCGCUCUGGGGCAUGCAAACAACCAACAAAAGGGGUUCAGAACCCACCUUUGUAAAUAGAAGGAGCAAAACAAUUAUAGACAUCACCUUAGCAACAGAGGGAGUGUCUGAUUACAUAUCCAAUUGGCAUGUGUCGAAAGAAGCAUCCUGCUCAGACCACAAAUGGAUACUUUUUAACAUGGAGGUAAACAUCACUACACCGCCUCCCAAGAGGAAACCCCGCAGAACGAAUCUUACUCAGUACAAGUCGCUGAUGGAAUCGCGUCUAAAGGACGAAACACUCCCAGCCAGGAUAAUCGGAGUAGACAACAUCGAAAACCAAAUAGAAAAAAUAUACAAAUUCAUGACUGCCAGUUAUCAUGCUACAUGUCCCCUCACCAGCCCUCAAUCAGACAGACCAAGACCCCAGACCUGGUGGGGACCUGAAUUAGAAAGGCUCAGGAAAAAAGUGAGGAGACAUCUGAACCGCGCAAUGAACACAGGCGAUCAAUACGACUGGGACAUCUACAAAGAGUGUAAGUCUGAAUACAAGAAACGCAUCAGAUACAGAAGAUCAGAAGGCUGGCGUAAAUUUUGCAGCAGCAUCCAAUGCCAUAACCAGGCCAACAGGGCAAGGAAAUUAAUCUCUAACCAACCCAGGCAAAUCCUUGGAUCCCUGCUGAAACCUGACGGUAGAGGGGAAAAGGCCGAGAGGCCAAAGUCCGAAGAGAUGGUUGGAUCAAAUAUCCGAACACCUGGAUAUUCCGGUCAUUGCACCUGGCCACAGACCGUAACCGAUGGAGGCGUGCUGUUGACAGUAUACUGA